AUGGCCAACAACGAGCGCACCUUCAUCGCCGUCAAGCCCGAUGGCGUGCAGCGUGGACUCGUCGGGAAGAUCAUCCAGCGGUUCGAGGACCGCGGAUACAAACUUGUGGCCCUCAAGCAGGUGACGCCGUCGAAGGAGCACCUGGAAGUGCACUACCAAGAUCUCAAGGACAAGCCCUUCUUCCCAUCGCUCAUCUCCUACAUGCAGUCGGGACCCGUCGUUGCCAUGGUGUGGCAAGGGCUCGAUGUCGUCAAGCAGGGACGCGUGAUGCUCGGCGCCACCAACCCCCUCCAGUCCGCCCCCGGCACCAUCCGCGGAGACUUCUGUGUUCAGACCGGCCGCAACAUCUGCCACGGAUCCGACGCCGUCGACUCUGCCAACCGCGAGAUCGCCCACUGGUUCAAGAACGACGAGAUCAACGACUACAACAGCGACCAAAUCAACAAAUGGGUCUACGAG